CUUCCGGCGCGCGCACAUGGCGGCGCUGAGCGGGGCCGGGGCCGGGGCUGCGGCGUUCGGGGCCUCCUGAGCCCGCCGCCGCCUUCUCCCCCGGGGCUCUUCCUCCCCCCGGCCCUCCUCCCGUGUCUGUCCCGCCCGCGCUGGGCUCCCCCGCGGCUCCCGUUCCCCGCACGUGUCUGGGCGCGGGGGCGCCGCCGUGAGCCCAUCGGGCGCGUCCCGGCGCCUGAGCCGCUGUCCCACGGGACAUGUCGCCGGACGAGGACGUGCAGCGGCUCCUGGUCCAGUUCCGGGACGAGGCGGGCGAGUCGCUGGGGUCCCCCUUCGACGUCCCGGUCAGCAUCACCCCGGAUAAGCUGCAGCUGGUGUGCAACGCGCUCCUGCAGAAGGAUGAGCCGGUGCCUCUGGCUUUCUUCGUGCACGAUGCCGAGAUCGUGGUGUCGCUGGAGAAGACGCUGUCAGGGCAGAAUGUGGAGACGGAGAAGGUCCUGGACAUCAUCUACCAGCCGCAGGCUGUGUUCAGGGUGCGGGCCGUGACCCGCUGCACCAGCUCCCUGGAGGGACACACCGAGGCCGUCAUCUCCGUGGCCUUCAGCCCCACGGGAAAGUACCUGGCGAGCGGCUCUGGAGACACCACGGUCCGCUUCUGGGACCUGAGCACUGAGACACCGCAGUUCACAGCUAAAGGUCACCGGCACUGGGUGCUCAGCAUCGCCUGGUCACCCGACGGCAAGAAGCUGGCCUCGGGCUGCAAGAACAGCCAGAUAUUCCUCUGGGACCCAGCCACUGGCAGUCAGAUCGGCCGGGUGCUCGCCGGCCACUCCAAAUGGAUCACGUGUCUGUGCUGGGAACCACUGCACUUAAACCCAGAGUGUCGCUACCUGGCAAGUGCCUCCAAGGACGGCAGCGUCCGCAUCUGGGACACGCUGAUGGGCAGGUGUGACAAGAUCCUCACCAGCCACACGCAGUCGGUGACGUGUGUCAAGUGGGGAGGUGAUGGCUUGAUCUACUCCUCCUCCCAGGACAGGACCAUCAAAGUCUGGAGGAGCCAGGAUGGGGUCCUGUGCCGCACCCUGCAGGGCCACGCUCACUGGGUGAACACCAUGGCCCUCAGCACCGACUACGUUCUCCGCACCGGUGCCUUCGAACCCGCCGAAGCCACCAUCAACCCCCAGGACGUGAGAGGCUCCUUGGCAGAGCUGAAGGACAAGGCAAAGCAGAGGUAUGACCAAGUCAGGGGCCAGGAACCAGAAAGGCUCGUGUCGGGGUCAGAUGAUUUCACACUGUUUCUCUGGAGACCAGCAGAAGACAAGAAGCCUCUGGAGAGAAUGACAGGCCACCAGGCAUUGAUUAACCAAGUCCUCUUCUCGCCAGACACACGGACAAUAGCCAGUGCUUCCUUUGACAAGUCCAUAAAGCUGUGGGAUGGGAGGACAGGAAAGUACCUGACAUCGCUGAGGGGCCACGUCUCAGCCGUGUACCAGAUCUCCUGGUCAGCCGACAGCCGCUUGCUGGUGAGCGGCAGCAGCGACAGCACGCUGAAGGUCUGGGAUGCCAAGGUGAAGAAACUGGCCAUCGAUCUUCCUGGCCAUGCAGAUGAGGUGUAUGCCACGGACUGGAGCCCGGACGGACAGAGGGUGGCAAGUGGAGGGAAGGACAAGUGUUUGCGGAUAUGGCGCCGAUAGGAGCAGGGAUGUGAAGCUGCUGGGCCCAACCUGAGCCGACCUGUCCUCGGUGCAGUCUGCCUGGGAUGGACGAUGGAGGCUGACUCCAGCACGACUCCAUGGUCCCUGUGGCCAUUCACCCUCAUGGACUCUUUCCUUACAGUGACUGAAGGAAAUUUUAAGUGUAGUUCUUAUGAAGAGCUGUUCCUCUCCAGGAUCAUUUCCUCUGAACAUGACAGGAGGGAUUUCAUGUGCCUCUAUCUCAGUGGGUUUUUUAUUAAGAUUUCAGCCUUACAGUAACCUGCCACCUGGAAAGGGACAAGUGAAGGGUGGGAUGGCUCUUGCCCUUUCUUGCUAUGUGGAGAAUCCUGUGGAGAAGAGGCUUUUAGUGGGAACAGAAAGGGUUGUCCUUGUGUGACCUUCAGAGAAGGAGAGAGGAAGGGGAAGAUUCAGCACAUCACUACACUGCAGAAUUGUGCUCAGAUGCCUGCCUGGGACAAAGGUUUGCUGAGAGUAAGGUCUUGGGGGUUCUCAUUCCAGUAAAGUUUUGUCUUUCCACUUG